AAUGAGAAAAUUUAUUUUCUCCCCAGAGCCUCAUCUCUUGGGCCACUCCGGCUGUUCUCCCACGAUUAAGGAGCAGUUUGCAUAUUUGGCCUCCCGUGGAUUAGCAUUCUUAAUUGGUUUAGGAUUAGAUGUCAUCCAUGCAGGUUGAACAGAAAUCGUCAGGGUGCGUGCUGUGGGGAAUGUUCCUAGUGAACUGGAAGAGGGAACGGUGUCGGUUGGGACCUACUGUGGAAGGACGCGCGGCCAGUAGGGUCUGGAGGUUAGAUCUCCAGGGUUAGAUCUCAGAAAACGUACCAUUGGAAGCCUAGGAGCGGAACCGCUUUCCUCACUGAAGCCUCUAGAGCUCAAGCUUAAUGAAGGCGUGGCCAAGGGCAUCCCCGCCUCCUCCUUACUAGGCGGAAGCUGAGACGCAAUUACCGGAAGUUAUCGUGAGAGGGGGCGGGGCCCGUGGGGCUGCGCGGUGGGAUCAAGAUGGCGACGGAAGGGGAUGUGGAGCUGGAGUUGGAGACUGAGACUAGCGGCCCGGAGCGUCCUCCCGAGAAGCCACGGAAACAUGACAGUGGUGCAGCGGACCUGGAGCGGGUCACCGACUAUGCGGAGGAGAAGGAGAUCCAGAGUUCCAAUCUGGAGACGGCCAUGUCGGUGAUUGGAGACAGAAGGUCCAGGGAGCAGAAAGCCAAACAGGAGCGGGAGAAGGAGUUGGCAAAAGUCACAAUCAAGAAAGAAGAUCUGGAGCUGAUAAUGACAGAGAUGGAGAUCUCAAGAGCAGCAGCAGAGCGGAGCUUGCGGGAGCACAUGGGCAAUGUGGUAGAAGCUCUUAUUGCCUUAACUAACUGAUUUGUGCUUUCUCAGACAUGCUCAUUGGAUUAAUUUAUUGUAAUAAAGAUUUUGUCUUUCACAGUUUUAUCUUGGA